UUCAUCAAUUGAAAUCUCUGUCGAACCCUAAUCUCAAAUCAUUGAUCCACUCAAUUUCGCACCAAACUCACUCCAGUCAGCCGGAAAAUUAUACAAAUUUUGCGGUCCGGAUGAGAACGGUCGAUUUUCGCAUAUGAGAAUGAUCCAUUGGAAGGGGAGAUUAUUGUUGAUCUUCGUCCGCAGUGAAAAAUCGUGAUGAUCUGAUCGGAAGAGAGGAUCGAAAGGCAAUGUCAAAUUUUGGAGGGGAUUUUAAUCAGAAGAUUGAUUAUGUGUUCAAGGUGGUGUUGAUAGGGGAUUCCGCGGUGGGGAAAUCGCAGUUGCUGUCUAGGUUUGCGAGGAAUGAAUUUAACUUGGAAUCGAAGGCCACAAUUGGGGUUGAAUUCCAAACCAAGUCACUUAUCAUCGAUCAGAAAACUGUAAAGGCACAGAUUUGGGACACUGCGGGUCAAGAGAGGUAUCGAGCGGUGACGAGUGCAUACUACAGAGGCGCGGUUGGUGCAAUGCUGGUAUACGACAUAGCAAAACGCCAAUCCUUUGAUCACAUGGCGAGAUGGCUGGAGGAGCUGAGAGGGCAUGCUGACAAGAACAUCGUGAUAAUGCUGAUCGGGAACAAGUCCGAUUUAGGGACACUCCGAGCAGUCCCCACAGAGGAUGCUCAGGAGUUUGCUGAGAGGGAGAAUCUCUACUUCAUGGAGACGUCAGCUCUUCAAGCAACGAAUGUGGAGGGCGCGUUCAUGACCAUUCUCACGGAGAUAUAUCGGAUUGUGAGCAAGAAAGCUCUGGCUGCCAAUGGCGAAUAUUCGAAGUCGACAUCUUUGAAGGGGACUGCCAUCAUUGUCAGUGGUCAAGGAGAGACACAGUCUAAGUCUGGUUGUUGCACAUGACCAAGUUUUCUUGUUUCUUCAUCUUUACUCGAUGAUUGUACACAUCGUUUUUGGUUUAGAUUAGUCUAUUUUUUUGUGGUUCAAUUUCACAGAACUGGUGUUGCAUGAUUGAGCAUAUUUUGAUGUAGGCAGUUUCUUCUCUGUCUCAAA